UACAUUUCAUUUUUUUCAAUACCUAAUGGACAUGUUCUUAAAACAAUAAAUGGUCUCUAAGAUCUCUUCCAACAAAAAACCUUGAAACUUCACUUUAAACCCUCCUACUAGCAGAAUCCAGAAAUUGCAUUUAUGGUUAUUGAGUCAGUGCCUUGAAAGAAGUACUUUCAGUUUCACUAGGCUCUGAAGCCAUUACAAUUGUUGCUUAACUUCUAACUAUUUGAUCACUGAGGAAAAUCCAGAAAGCUACAUAACACUGGAGGGGUAAAAUAAAAGUCCAGCGAUCCAGUGAAAGAAAAGAGAAGUGACAGAAACAACUUUAUCUUGACUGAAGAGAAAAGCACAGAGAAGAGAACAACGCCCUGGACAUGGCUCCAGAGAUCCACAUGUCAGGCCCAGUGUGCCUCAUUGAGAACACUAAUGGGGAACUGGUGGCGAAUCCAGAAGCUCUGAAGAUCCUGUCUGCCAUUACACAGCCUGUGGUGGUGGUGGCAAUUGUGGGCCUCUACCGCACAGGCAAAUCCUACCUGAUGAACAAGCUGGCUGGGAAGAAUAUCGGCUUCUCUCUGGGCUCCACAGUGGAAUCUCACACCAAAGGAAUCUGGAUGUGGUGUGUGCCUCACCCCAAGAAGCCAGAACACACCCUAGUCCUGCUUGACACUGAGGGCCUGGGAGAUGUAAAGAAGGGUGACAACCAGAAUGACUCCUGGAUCUUCGCCCUGGCCAUCCUCCUGAGCAGCACCUUCGUGUACAAUAGCAUGGGAACCAUCAACCAGCAGGCCAUGGACCAACUGCACUAUGUGACAGAGCUGACACAUCGAAUCCGAUCAAAAUCCUCACCUGAUGAGAAUGAGAAUGAGGAUUCAGCUGACUUUGUGAGCUUCUUCCCAGACUUUGUGUGGACACUGAGAGAUUUCUCCCUGGACUUAGAAGCAGAUGGACAACCCAUCACAGCAGAUGAGUACCUGGAGUAUUCCCUGAAGCUAACACAAGGUACCAGUGAAAAAGAUAAAAAUUUUAAUCAGCCCCGACUCUGUAUCCGGAAGUUCUUCCCAAAGAAGAAAUGCUUUGUCUUUGAUCACCCCGUUCACUGCAAGAAGCUUGCCCAGCUCGAGAAACUACAUGAUGAAGAGCUGGACCCCGAAUUUGUGCAACAAGUAGCAGACUUUUGUUCCUACAUCUUUAGCAAUUCCAAAACUAAAACUCUUUCAGGAGGCAUCAAGGUCAAUGGGCCUCGUCUAGAAAGCCUGGUGCUGACCUAUAUUGAUGCUAUCAGCAGUGGGGAUCUGCCCUGCAUGGAGAACGCAAUCCUGGCCUUGGCCCAGAUAGAGAACUCAGUUGCAGUGCAAAAAGCCAUUGCUCACUACGACCAGCAGAUGGGCCAGAAGGUGCAGCUGCCCACGGAAACCCUCCAGGAGCUGCUAGACAUGCACAGAGUCAGUGAGAGGGAGGCCACUGAAGUAUUUAUGAAGAACUCUUUCAAGGAUGUGGACCAUCUGUUUCAAAAGAAAUUAGCGGUCCAGCUAGUAAAAAAGCGGGAUGACUUUUGUAAACAGAAUCAGGAAGCAUCAUCAGAUCGUUGCUCAGCUUUACUUCAGGACAUUUUCAGCCCUCUAGAAGAGGAAGUGAAGAUGGGAAUUUAUUCGAAACCAGGGGGCUAUCGUCUCUUUAUUCAGAAGCUACAAGACCUGAAGAAAAAGUACCAUGAGGAACCAAGGAAGGGGAUACAGGCUGAAGAGAUUCUGCAGACAUACUUGAAAUCCAAGGAGUCUGUGACUGAUGCAAUUCUACAGACAGACAAGAUUCUCACAAAAAAGGAAAAGGAGAUUGAAGUGGAACAUGCAAAAGCUGAAUCUGCACAGGCUUCAGCAAAAAUGGUGGAGGAAAUGCAAAUAAAGUAUCAGCAGAUGAUGGAAGAGAAAGAGAAGAGUUAUCAGGAACAUGUGAAACAAUUGACUGAGAAGAUAGAGAGGGAGAGGGCCCAGUUGCUGGAAGAGCAAGAGAGGACCCUCACUAGUAAACUUCAGGAACAGGCCCGACUACUGAAGGAGAGAUGCCAAGGUGAAAGUACCCAACUUCAAAAUGAGAUACAAAAGCUACAGAAGACCCUGGAAAAAAAAACCAAGAGAUAUAUGUCCCAUAAGCUAAAGAUCUAAACAACAGAGCUUUUCUGUCACCCUGACCCAAGGCAUAACUGAAACAAUUUUAGAAUUUGGGACAAGUGUCACUAUAUUUGAUAAUAAUUAGAUCUUUUUUUUUUUUUCUCUCUUGAAAAGUUUAUUAACAUAAGUAACAAUAAAUCAUUCAACUUUUCGGUCUUCAGGAAGUUUCAGUUUUAAGGAUUAAUUUCGGAAGUCCUCAUGUAAACAAAUCAGGCAUGAAUAAAGCCCUUAUAAUGAA